CGCCAAGCUGAACAAAAAAAACUUCAGCAAGCUUUGAAUAGUAAAGAAUAAAAAACUCAUACAAACAGUAUUGAAAUGGACCGACGAAUUGUACUGAUUGGAGAUGCUGGAUGUGGCAAGACCGCAUUGGCAAUGAAAAUGUCUGAAAACAUCUUCAAUGAUUUCUACCAGCCUACAAGCUUCGAGAACUUCCAAGCUGAGCUCCCCACUAACAAAGGACGUUGCCAAAUCACCAUUAUGGACACAUCUGGCUGCCAUGAGAACACACAGCUACGAAAGCUGGCUUACAAAGAGUGUGAUGCUGUGAUUGUUUGCUUUGAUCUCACUGAUGAGGAGACACUCACUAGUGUAGAAAAGAAAUGGAUCCCUGAAUUGCGAGAGUAUUGCCCACAAGUUCCAGUCUUCAUUGCUGGCUGCAAACGUGCUAUUAUGUGCGAAAAUAAUUGCUGCUGUGGAAGAAACUGUUGCAUGCAAACUGAAGAGGAGCUGCUGAGAAUUGUGAGCAGUACUGGUGCUAUGGCCUUCCUUGAGUGCUCAGCAGCUGAGCCCAUCUCUGAAGAUGGAGUCGAAAAUCUAUUCAAGUUUGUUGUUGAGUCUUCUGGCAAGAAAAAGAAAAGCAUUCUUACAUCUAUCAAGAAACGAUCUAAGCAGCUCAAACGACGACUCUCGAUUCACUUCUAAACUCGGGUCAAACUGUCAGCUGAACUGCAGCGCGAGCUCGCCUUCUUAUAAGAUCGAGAGAGAAGCCUUGCCGCUACAGAACUAUAUACGGCCUGCCGAGGCAAAAGAGAAUCCAAUCCCAAACUUAAUUUAUACUUAUUAUGUUUAUGUUUUACCUGUACAUGUAUAAGUAAGAUUUUCGUAAGCAAUGUGUUCACUAUAAGAUAUUAACAAUCAAUUAAUACA